GGACCCGCAUUGUGAGCGCUGGGAAGCCAGCUCUUCGCCAGGCGCUGCGGAGCAGGCGGACUUGUGGAAAUGUGCUUGUUGUCCGGGCCGGCCUCAACCUCCGUGACUGCUCCCGACUUCUGGUCCCUCGAAGAGCCGCUAGGAGGCCGGGGUGUCGCCCUCGGUCCCUGGGGUUCGAUUCUGGUCCUAUCAUUCCUCCGAAUCCCGUGGCCUGUCAGUCGCUCUUAGUUGCAAAGCUUGUGGGAGAAAAGCGAGAACCCAGCCGCGCGCUAUGGAGAGAGAGCCGGAUCCUGAGCCUAAGAGGAAGCCCGCACCCUCGGGGUCUUCGCGUUUCGUGUGGCUCAUCCUGCAGAUUUGUGGGAAGAGGGGGCACGAGUAGGGGUAACAGACAGGCUGGAACGGAGCCCGUGAGGGUGAGACGAUUCCCUUUAAAGUGAUUCGCGUUGGAAAUUAGAGUAAUAGGGGAAAGAAAAGGUUACUCAGUUAUAACACUUUAUCCCCUUAUAAAAAAAUCAAUUGGACCGGGGACACCCGCAUUCAAAAUCUACGUGACAGGAGGACUUCGAUUCUUUCUCCCCACGUGAUGCAACUUUAGCGUGCAAAAAUUGGAGACGGUCGUAAGGUAUGUGCCCUGUAUGAAGAACCGAAGCCAGGCGCCUACGUGCAGCUUCUUUCAGCACUCAACACUGGACUGCAGCGUGGGGAAAAGUUGUCACGACGUACUUAAGGGGACUCAGGUGCCCCGCGCUCACACGCUGGCGCAGAAAACCUCGCGAGAAGUCGCGGGAGUACGUCCAAGACUGAGGUUUGCCCCCGAUGCCGGAAGCGCGCAGAUCCUCCCGGAAGUAGUGCUUGCUCGGUACACGUGGGCCGCAGAAUGGCGGCUCACCGCUCGGGCCCGCUGAAGCCGCACAAUAAAGCUCAUAAAGGCGGGCGACACCACGGUGGUGGGUCCGCACAACAGGGCGGCAAAGGCCGCGUAGCACCGAAGGUCCUGUGCAAGAAGCUGAAGAAGCAGCUCAGCCGGGUCGACCAGAGGCAUCGCGCCAGUCAGCUCCGGAGGCAGAAAAGGGAGGCGGUUCUGGCAGAGAAGAGGCAGCUGGGCAGCAAGGAUGGACCUCCCCAUCAGGUGCUCGUGGUGCCUCUGCACGGUAGGAUUUCCCUGCCAGAGGCAUUUAGACUGCUUCAGAAUGAAGACUUGGGGACAGUGUACUUGAACCAGCGUGGAAGCACCCAGAGUUUUAUGCUUCUUUGCCCUGGCUUGAAACAUCGGUGGUUUUUCACAUAUGCAAGACCAGGGGAUCUGCACACUGUAUUAGACAUGGCUAAAGUUGCUGAUACCAUCCUUUUCCUCUUGGAUCCACUAGAAGGCUGGGACGACACUGGGGAUCACUGUCUAUCUUGCCUCUUUGCUCAGGGCCUUCCCACCUAUACACUAGCUGUCCAGGGGCUUUCUAGCCUCCCACCAAAGAAACAAAUAGAUGCCAGAAAGAAGCUAAGUAAAGCAGUGGAGAAACGCUUUCCCGAGGACAAACUUCUGUUGCUGGACACCCAACAGGAGGCAGGAAUGCUGCUUAGACAGUUGGCUAACCAGAAGCAACGGCAUCUUGCUUUUCGAGAUCGGAGAGCUUACUUGUUUGCCCAUGUUGCUGACUUCGUGCCUAGUGAGGAGAGUAACUUAGUGGGCACCUUGAAAAUCUCAGGCUAUGUUCGUGGGAGGACUCUGAAUGUAAAUAGUUUGCUGCAUAUUGUUGGACAUGGUGAUUUUCAAAUGAAUCAGAUAGAUGCACCCGUGGACCCUUUCCCUUUAAAUCCUAGAGUCAUUAAAUGCCAGAAGAAACAAAGCACGGCAAUGGAGAUUUGUGCAACAGAUGCUGUAGCUGACAUGGAAGAAGACCUUAGGGUUCUGAUGAAGGCAGACCCUGACCAACAGGAGUCCUUACAAGCAGAGGUUGUUCCAGAUCCGAUGGAAGGGGAGCAAACCUGGCCCACCGAGGAGGAACUGGAUGAGGCAAAUGACGUAUUGAAGCAGCGUUCUAGAGUGGUAAAGAAGGUUCCUAAAGGCACAUCCAAUUACCAAGCUGAGUGGAUUUUGGAUGAAGGAGAUGAAAGUGGUGAUGAAGGCGAUGAGUAUGAUGAUAUCCAACAUGAAGGUUUUAUGGAGGAGGAGUCUCAGGAUGAGAGUGGUGAGGAGGAGGAAGAGGAAUGUGAAACUAUGACUCUAGGGGAGUCUGUGCAUGAUGAUCUCUAUGAUGAGAAAAUAGACGAAGAGGCUGAGGAGAGAAUGUUGGAGAAAUACAAACAAGAAAGACUGGAAGAGAUGUUUCCAGAUGAAAUGGAUACCCCACGUGAUGUGGCUGCUAGAAUCCGAUUUCAGAAAUAUAGAGGCCUCAAGAGCUUCAGGACAUCUCCUUGGGACCCUAAGGAAAACCUUCCUCGAGAUUAUGCUCGGAUCUACCAGUUUCAGAAUUUUAUUAAUACUAGAAAAAGAAUCUUUAAAGAGAUUGAGGAAAAAGAAGCUGAGGGAGCCGAGGUUGGCUGGUAUGUCACACUUCAUGUAUCUGAUGUCCCUGUCUCAGUGGUUGAAUAUUUCAGGCAAGGAGCGCCCUUGAUUGCAUUUUCUUUACUACCUUAUGAACAGAAGAUGUCUGUAUUGAAUAUGGUGGUGAGUCGGAACCCUGGCAACACAGAACCUGUGAAGGCCAAAGAAGAACUGAUCUUCCACUGUGGAUUCAGGCGCUUCCGAGCCUCACCCUUAUUCUCUCAGCACACAGCAGCUGAUAAACAUAAAUUUCAGAGAUUCCUGACUGCUGAUGCGGCUUUAGUGGUGACAGUGUUUGCGCCAAUCACUUUUCCUCCUGCAUCUGUGCUACUUUUCAAGCAGAGAAGUAAUGGAAUGCACAGCCUCAUUGCUACAGGCCAUCUGUUGUCAGUGGAUCCAGACAGGAUGGUCAUCAAGAGAGUUGUUCUGAGUGGUCAUCCUUUCAAAAUUUUUACUAAGAUGGCAGUAGUACGUUACAUGUUUUUCAACAGAGAGGAUGUGAUGUGGUUUAAGCCUGUGGAACUGAGAACCAAGUGGGGCCGCAGGGGACACAUCAAAGAGCCUCUAGGUAAGAGUCUGGGAUUCCCCAGUGUUACAAAGGAACUAUUGGACUGUAAAGUUCACUACAUGUCUUACUGUGACCAACUUUCUGUUUUCCUUCUAGGUACUCAUGGCCAUAUGAAAUGCAGUUUUGAUGGGAAGCUAAAAUCUCAGGAUACAGUAUUAAUGAAUCUCUAUAAGCGAGUUUUCCCCAAAUGGACUUAUGAUCCAUAUGUACCAGAACCAGAACCGUGGGUGAAAAGUGAGAUCUCAACAGUGUCUGAAGUGGACAUGGAAUAAUGGAUUCAUGGGCUCUGUCUACUGCAGGACUCCAGUGGGAGGGAGUGUGGUAGUGACGAGGCAGUUCGUGCUUUCCAUUUCAGCUGUCCAUGCCUGUACUGAGUGUGGGGGUUUACACUACUACUUGGUCUCCAAACUAUAACUUACUGGAAUGCUCUUUUCCAUUAGUAUUUUGAAAACAAUUUUAAAAGGAAAGAUGGAAAACAUUUUCAUCUAGAGACAUCUUUUCAUGAAUUUAAACAGAAAUAGUUUGGUAAGGAGCUGGCCUUUCAUCCUGCUUCACCCAGUUUAGGGAGGUUAAGUCUACAUUCCCACCACUGAGUAUAAUACAGAUGUUCUUUACUUCUGGACAGACUGUUUGGAAAUGCUGAGACAGCACUGCAGCCAAUCCAACACCAGCAGUAGGCUCAAUGAGCAGUUUCAUUCUCUCCCACACCAGCUGGGUUGCAUACUGUUGGUAUAGAAAGGAGUAAGAAUUAAUGAAACAGAACUGGAGUGUUCUAUUUAACCUACUGUUAAAUUCUGAACAUCAAAUGAAAUAGAUGUUUGGGUUUGUUAGGAUAAGUAUGUGCUUGGUAAUAAAAGUAUGCAUAUACAACUCAGCCUAUCUCUGCUAUUGUCAGAGUUCCCAUGUGUCAUAGGGCCACCUGGCUAAGUUCAUCACCUGUUCAUACUAAGACUGUUUUUCCUCAUCCCAGUCUUACCUUGAUUUCAUCCUCUGUGACGGUGAAGACAUCAUCCACAAGGUCCCUUAUGAUAGGCCAGGUAUUUAAGCCAAUGCUUGAUCUGACACCGUCUGCUAUGGUUUCUGGAGGAUGAAGAUUUGGAGUCAGUUCUCCUUUCAUUUUAGACUGGUAGCAGUCAUCUGCAUUCAGGGGUUCAGCAGCAUAUACCUUCACACUGGGUUUCAGGGCCUGGGAAGAGAAACAGACAGCAUAGUGGCACAAUGGGUAACACAGAAGGGUCUUUCCUUUGAUACUGAAAUGGAAAUAUGACUGAAAGCACUUUAAUAAACGUAUCUGAUAAAUGA